AUUCAGAGGAGUCAGAGGUGAGGAUUGUGCUCUUGGGAAAGACCGGAGUUGGGAAGAGUGCGUCAGGAAACACCAUCCUUGGGAGGGAUGAGUUCAGGUCUAAACGGUCUGCUGAAUCUGUGACAGGAAAGUGUGAGAGUAAGACCAGAGAGAUUGAUGGAAAGACACUGGUUGUUGUUGAUACUCCAGGUCUGUUUCACACAAACAAAAAACAGAAAGAUCUGCAGAAAGAGAUGCAACAAUGCAUCUUAUCAUUAACCCCCGGUCCUCAUGUGUUCCUAUUGGUGCUACAGACACAUGACUUCUUACUAGAUGAUGAAAAAGAUAAGGAGUCUCAAGGUGCCGGCCUACUGGAGAACAAGGUCGACAACAAGGUCAAUGAAAAUGGAGGCUGCUACAGCAAUGAAAUGUUUGAAAAAGCUUUGUCUGCCUUAGCAGAAGUAAUGAAAGAACCAGAGGUAAAAAAGAUCAAAAGUAAUCUGUAUUGGAAUAUUUGGAGACCAAAAUCGCUGAGGGUCUAAAUAAAAUAGAAAAACAAGUUCCAGGUGUGAAACCUUUCCUUGAUAUUAUCAUAAACAAGGUGACUGAACUCAUGCCACGUGAAGGUAUCUCAUCUGAUUAGUCAAGAGCUCAUCAAAGUCCUUAAAAACAUAGGACACAGGGAAAAUCACAGUGGUGAAAGGGUGUAAAUGUAUUUUAUCUUUUUUUACGAAAGAAUCUUAAACAGUACAAUAUUUUUUAAAUGCAA